CCAUGGCGGAUUCCUCGCCCUCACAGUCCCUGCGGGAAGGCGGCCCCUGCGCGCCGCGGCCCUCGGCCCCCUCCCCGCCGCCGCGCCCGCGCUCCGGCUCCGAGUCCGAGGAGGCCGAGCUGUCGCUGAGCCUGGCCCGCACCAAGACCCGCUCGUACGGCAGCACGGCCAGCGUGCGGGCGCCGCUGGGCGCCGGCGUCAUCGAGCGCCAUGUGGAGCACCGGGUCCGCGCGGGCGACACGCUGCAGGGCAUCGCGCUCAAGUACGGUGUCACGAUGGAACAGAUUAAAAGGGCCAAUAAACUGUUUACCAAUGACUGUAUAUUUCUGAAGAAGACUUUGAACAUCCCAGUUAUAUCAGAGAAGCCUUUGUUGUUUAAUGGACUUAACUCUAUUGAUUCUCCAGAAAAUGAAACUGUUGAUAACAGUUUUUCUCAGGAAGAGGAGCCGGUGGUGGCUGGGGAAGACCUCCCUCCUCCCAGUCCUCAAGAAUCUGAUGUUCAGCCUGUGCAGCCUGAGGAAGUAUCAGCCAGAGAUUUCCUGCAGAGACUUGACUUGCAGAUUAAGUUAUCCACACAGGCAGCCAAGAAGCUAAAAGAAGAGAGCAGAGAUGAAGAAAGUCCCUAUGCAACUUCCCUCUAUCACAGUUAGGUGAUCUGGGGACAUAACUGAAACCAAAAUUAAGAUAUGUUUGGACCAUAAAGAAUCCAACAAAUGAAGAUUCAAAAACAUCCCUUCUGGAUUCUCAUAGUGUUCAUCUUAAAAUCAUAACUAGGUAGUUCUACCUGCUGCAAUUGCACUGAAGUGAUUAGUUCCCUCUGGCUUUCUAUAAUGUUAAGUCUUUGUUAUGGCAUGAUGGCAAGGUUGUAUUCUAAAGCUUAUCACUUUUGUAGGUGGUGUUAGUUUUUAGACUAGCUUUUAUAAGUACUAAUUGACAUAAAGCAUCAGCGACCUAUUUAUAUAUUUAGGCUAAAAAUAAUGUCUAUCUCCUUAUGCAAUCCUAGUUAUGUGAAAAUAUGGUUGCUGUUUAAGUUAUGUUGAAUUUGCUGUGUGUUUAUAACUUAAGUGCUAUAUACAUAUAUAUAUUUCGAUAUGUCUUACAUAUUCUGUAUUAAUAUAAAGACCCAAAUUUUGUUUGCUAUUUUGUAAAAAUAAACCACAAAAUUCUGAAUGAGAAAAUAAACUAUGUUUUCAAA